AGCAGGUUUCAGUUGAAAGUGAACCUUCGACGCAGUUGACACGAACGCGCGCGACUCGUUUUUGGUGCCAGUCAGCAAAGCUUCAGCAGGACAACAGCUGUGCCAGCAAAAAAGAAUCUAGCGGCAGGAUUGUGGUCAUUUGUGCAGUGUGCUAAACUAAAACAAAGCAGUUUUUCGACUGCAACUGAAAAGUGGAAAACACAAAGGGAUAAGCUAACUGAAAUGAACGAGAAAUUUGAGUGAAAACCCCAAGGAUAAUAAACUUGAAGCGAUCGCUCGUCACGUGAGUUCCAGUGGUGCAGGCCAGAUACUCGGGAAAACAAUCACUGUACGGCAGACAAACAGUGAUAAUUAGUUGGCCGUCGCUACAACAAAGAGCUGGGCAAUAAAAAUUAAUUAGAAAAUAUUUCACAUCACACAGCGCAAUUUGUCAAGGGAAAGCGCACAAAAGUGCGCCAUACAUGGGAGCUUGCGGUCCCUCGCUCAAUUUCUAAUUAGAGAGCUCUUGCACGCAAAAAAGCUCCGAAAAUAAACUGGAAAACUGGAUAUUAAACAAAGCGGCAAAGCGACUAUGCAAAGUAUGUUGGCGCUUAACCAAAUGAAAACUUAAAGCGAACAAAAAACAAAAUACAGAAAGGUAGUCCGCAACUCCAGUAAAUUUAAUAACAAAGCCAACAAAAAGAGAAGAACUCCGGAACGCAGUAGCUCCACACCAUUCGCGCCGAGCGCGGAACAAUGAAAAUAAUUUCGCGUAGCAUACGUAGAGGCGCCUUGGCCACGCCCACCGCCCCCGGCAUUAGGAAAAGCAGCCAGCGACGCAACCGCGUUCCGCUCAAAAUGAAUUGCCCCAUUCUGAUUGUAAUUAGCCUCGGAUGGCUGCUGCACGCGCACGCCGGAAGCGGCGGGUUCGCCGUCGAGGCCGCCAUUUCAAAUCGAGGCAGCAACGGCCGCUCGAUGAGCAACGUUCAGCAGUCGGCGGUGGCCCCCUCCACACUGACCGCCACUCUGCCGCGCUUCCUGUCCCGCGGACACACCUACCGCGCCGUCGUCGGGGACACCCUCGUCCUGCCCUGCCAGGUGGAGAACCUGGGCAAUUUCGUUCUUCUGUGGCGACGGGGAACAAAUGUGCUCACUGCCUCCAACAUUAUGGUUACAAGGGAUGAGCGCGUAAGACUGAUAGAUGGUUAUAAUUUAGAGAUAUCCGAUUUGGAGCCCCAAGAUGCCGGGGAUUAUGUUUGUCAAAUCAGUGACAAAAUAAAUCGUGAUCAAGUGCACACAGUUGAGAUAUUGGUUCCGCCCAGUGUACGGGCCAUCCCCACAUCCGGACAACUGCAGGCCCGCAAAGGAGGACCCAUUACGCUGGAGUGCAAGGGAUCUGGUAAUCCGGUGCCAUCCAUUUACUGGACCAAGAAGAGCGGCGCAAACAAGUCGACAGCCAGGAUCGGAGACGGACCCAUUUUGACCCUGGAGAAGCUGGAGCGCCAGCAGGCAGGAGUCUACCAGUGCACCGCCGACAACGGAGUGGGCGAUCCGGUCACAGUCGAUAUGCGGCUGGAUGUACUGUAUCCCCCGGAUAUACAAGUGGAGAAGUCCUGGAUACACUCAGGCGAAGGAUUCGAGGCGAAGCUCGUUUGCAUUGUUUACGCUGAUCCAGUCGCAACGGUGUCCUGGUACCAAAACUCAUUUCCGAUCCAAUCGACCGACCGCCGAGUGAUGAACACCCGGGCCAACCGGCACACGCUCUCCAUACGCCACAUCCAGCAGGAGGACUUUGGCAACUACAGCUGCGUGGCGGACAAUUCGCUGGGCCGCUCCCGCAAGUACAUGGAGCUCUCCGGACGCCCCGGCCCCGCCGAGUUCUACUCCCCCAAGUGGGGUCGUUCGCCGGACAGCUACAACCUGACCUGGAAAAUCGAUAGCUACCCGCCGCUGGAGGAGGUCCGCCUACUCUACCGUCGAGUGCUGAUGAAUGAUACGUACCAGCAGCCGGGAAGGUGGCACGACUUCAUCCUCACCCCGGAACACCGACCGGCCUCGGAGCCUCUGACACACAUCAUGUCCUACACCAUUAAGAAUCUGCAUCCGGGCGCUUACUACGAGGCGAUUGUGCAGGCCAAGAACCGCUACGGCUGGAAUGAGGUCAGCGAUAUAUUUCAAUUUAUCGUCGCCAACGAGCACCAGGACAUUGCCCCCGAGGACGCCGAGGUGGUGGCCAGCUCCAAGUCGCGCAGCAAUAGUGCCUCGGUCGGCAGCCUGCCAGGUUCCUUGCCCCAGAGCCUGCUCCUUCACACGGCGCUGCUCUUGGCCCUGGCCUUGAGUAAUUGUCAGUUCGACAGACGUCGACUGGGCCUGGGAUAAGCCGUUCACGCAGGCAGACGACCAUCAGGAUUAGCAUAAGGAUCAGGAUCUUUUGGCGGGGAAGGACACAAGCAUGAGCUGUAAAGUACAGAAAAUCAGAGAAAAUUCCAAAAUCGUUUUCCCACACAAUUGGUCUUAUUAUACUGCUGAUGUGUUCGCUUCCCGGCCAUCCCAUUAUUUUACCAAAGCGCAAGUGAAUCUAGCCCAAACUACAGAGCAGAAAGCUAAAGGAAUAAAUGUAUGGAAACCAUGUAAAUAAAUUGUCACGAGUUUUGUCCACGAUUAAAUUAGAGUACACACAUAAAAACCGGAAAAUGGUUAAUGGAAAGUGCAGCAGGAGAAUGCAAAUCCACUAUCCAAAUCCCACCCCCAGUUCCAUCCCCAUGGUAGUGUAAGCCACUCGAACUAGGUCAUGUAAAUAAGCAUUAGAUAUCUGAAUGUGAACUGCAUUUUACUUCAUAAAUGUCGAUGCAGGAUGUGUAUGUAAAUUAAGCAAACAAUAUAUAGUGAUAUUAUUUAGUUUGAAGCGAAGGCAUAAAAAACAAAAUAUUGAAGGCGAAAUAAAACAGAGAGAUCCAAAAACCAGACCGCAAAACGAUAGUAUGUAAAGUAUCAGCCACAUUUGUGUUUCGAGCUCGUUUCAUUGCCAUUACUUCGAUUGCAGCUGUAGUCUUAUUUUAGCCAGUAAGCGCACCCAUAACCAAAAGGAUAACAACGUAACAGCAAUUCAAUGUAAUGUUUUUCGAUGUAAACUAGCGUUUAAGCAAACAUGUUGUACCACCAAAACGAGCGACGGAACUAAGCUAGUCCCCCAUUCGGAAUAUUAGUCGGAGCAUUUGAAUGUGAAUUUUUGCAUACAUACGAUAUUAGCGGCACGAAUCACGAUUCACGAUUCACGAGUGUCAAUCUGUAAAUACAUGAAUACGGUACUUAUUGAGUGUUACAAACCCAGCAGGCAUUUUAUCAGCUUUUGCACCUUUCCAAUUGUACGAUCGAUCCGAAUCUGUACUGUUUCAUUUAGGGCACACAAUAGAGGUCAAAGCUCACUUGUAUAUUUUAUAGGCCGCGGCCCCUCGAACUCGUAUUCAACUCCUGUAUCUAGCAUGUCGAACGAAGCCAAAGCCGAAAUAAAACACUAAAAACCGAAUCGAAUUGAAUUGAAAACCAAAUAAAAGCGUUAAAAUUUAUCUACAUAAAUGUGUAUGUGUGUGUACCUUACAUAGCCAGUUGAGUGCAGAACAAAUCGAAGGCGAUACUACAGAAUACACAGAUUGACGGUGGCGAAUUGAUCCAAUGUCUAAUCUGAACCUAAAUACAAGAAUAUUUCAAGAAAACCAGAAAUAGAUAAGCACGUGGACCGUUCGUGUUCAUUAAAAGUGAAUUCAUUAAUUACUAAUUACAUAGUACGAUGCUAAUUGUAUGAUUAAUGCGCAUAAGAAACCCUAAAAUAUUCAAAAAUAAAAUAAAGCAUUAGAUGUAAACCAAA